ACUGGCCGCGUGUUUAUUAUUUUCAAUUCUGAAAUUCUCGUGGCUAAAAAUUUUUCUGGAUCAAUAAAGAAAAAAAAUAUGGAUACUUUAAAUAAAGUUAAAUUAAAUUUUAUUACCGCAAUCGAUACAUCUAAACCGGAAAAUUGUGAAAAUUUUGUUUAUUGGCCUGCAUCGCAGCCACCACCUAAUCCUGAAUUUAAAUUUGAAAAAUUUCAAAAUCGUACAAAAUUAUUGGCCAAAGAUACAAUUUUAUUUGAAUCAUUCAAUGAUAAUACUAAUGAUGAUUUUAAUUAUUUUGCUGCCACUAUUGAUCCUAAUAAUUCUGGACGUUUAGUUUGUAAACCAGCUAAACUAUAUAGAAUGUUACCGAAUUAUGUAAAUUUACUUGAUGCUGAAAAUGCAGAUGAAAGUAUACGUCUCACUAAACGUGAACAAAUGGAUGAAUUGAAAGGAAAAUUUGGUUCGAAAAAAACACAAAGAGAUUUAGCGAGUAAACGAAAAUAUGAAAUUCAUUUUGGUGAAGGUGAUGCAGAAAAUUUGCCAACUUUAAAUAACAAUAUUUUCUCCGAAAAUAAUGAUGAAAAAACUGACCAAAAUCAAAUCAACAACGAUUCAACACAAUCGGCAAAGUCGACAAUCAUGCCGGAAAGAAAUGAAACGGCUAAAGACGUAUCUGAAGUUUAUAAAUUAAAUGAUAUAAUUUUAGAAUCAGAAGAACAAGCAAUAAUUGAAUAUGAACGUGAAUUAUUGGAAAAAAUCAAAAAUGAUUAUCUAAAAGAAUUGUGCGCAAAAAAUAAUGAUCAAAAAUAUCGUGUGAUGGCCAUCUAUGCUGAUGUAUUGUUGCAAUUACUUUCAUUAUCCGCAUUUCAGAUGCGUAAAGCCGAUCCAUUACCAUUGAUUGUUGGUGAUAUUAAAAAAUAUGUAUUUGAUCGUUAUACAUCGACAAAAAAUGUUUCAAGUAGACAACAGCAAUAUGUAUUGACUGAUCAAAACAAAGAUCGUAUUCUAAUCCAUGUAUUCAUAUUGAUCAUUAUUUUAAACAAAUAUCGACCAAUCGAUUUGGAUAAGAUACAAAAAUAUUGUUCAGUUAAAAUGUCACAUUUACGUAGAAUUUUUGAAUUGAUUGGUUGUCAUAUUGAAAAUUCACGAUCGUUAACCGGAUUGACACAAAAAGUUGCCUGUUUUCGUUUACCAUUGAAUGUUUAUAAAGAACCGGCCAAAUUGAAACGUUUUAAAAAAGCCUAAUAAAAUUGAAAGUUUUCGUUUUUUAA